AUAAAGAUGAAUUAUUAUCAGAUAUAGUUGGUCUAUUUGAAUUUAGAAAAUAUCAAUUUUUAGAAGAAUCAGAAAAUAGUUUACCUGAAGAUAUAAAUGAUUUGAAAUUAGAAGAAAUAAAACAAAUCAUUACUAUUUGUGAUCAACAAUUAAGUAAUAAAGAUGCUAUAUUGGAUAAAGAUAAGAUAUCUGCAAUUUAUUGUUAUAGUUCUGGUAGAGUUGGUAAAACAGGAUAG